AUGAAGGGAGUUGCUUUCAUCGCAGGCUUGCUGGCCACGGGAGCCACUGCCCACAUGCAGAUGUCCAAGCCUUACCCCAUCCGCUCUCCUCUGAACAAGGAUGCCAAGGGCCAGAAGGACUACUCUUACACCAACCCACUUUCGUCCUCAGGCAGUGACUACCCUUGUAAGGGCUUUGCCAAUGACGAGUUCGACUCCCAGGCCACCUACCAGCCCGGCGGGCAGUACGAGAUGGAGCUUGAGGGCAGCGCCACUCACGGCGGCGGUUCUUGCCAGCUUUCUCUGACCUACGACCGGGGCAAGACCUUCAAGGUCAUAGAGUCCAUGCUGGGCACCUGCCCCAUCCCCAAGAAGUACAGUUUCACCGUUCCCUCCGAUGCGCCCAGCGGUGAGGCUAUGCUCGCCUGGACCUGGUUCAACAAGAUUGGCAACCGUGAGAUGUACAUGAACUGCGCUUUUGUUACCAUCGGCGGUGAUGACUCCAAGGGCACGGAGGUCCCGGCCGUUGCCGCUGCCCCUGCUCACCCCAAGGCCGAGGGCAAGAAGGUCAACCACAUGCAGCAGAUGGAGCACCCUCAUGAGGUUGUCUCGCACCAUCCCAUGGGCCACGCCGCUCACCCCAACAAGGAGCACGCCGCUCACCAUCCCAUGGGCCACGCCGCUCACCCUAACAUGGACCACGCCGCUCACCCUAACAUGGAGCAGCGUGAUAUCUCCUGGAUGGAGACCCACAGCAUGGCCACCGCGUUUGACAGCCUCCCUCCUAUCUUCGUCGCCAACGUUAACCAGGAGGGCAAGUGUGUGACCAUCGAGGGUGAGCCCGUCAACUUCCCCGAGCCAGGUGACAACGUUAUUGGCCAGGCUUCCGGCAAGGGCUACAAGUGCGCUGGUAACGCUCCUUUCCUCGGCUCUUCCGACUCCGGCUCUCCCGACUCCAGCUCUUCCGACUCCGGCUCUUCCGACUCCAGCUCUUCCGACCCUAGCUCCAAGAGUACAAACGACACAAAGGAUUCCGAGAGCACCAAGGAUUCGUCCGCCAUCCCUGCCGAUAACAAGAAGGCCAACGCUACUCGCAGCGAGAAGAGUGACCCGGCCAUGUCCAAGAUUGCAUCUGCCUUCGGCACCCCCAGCGCUGACCCCCGUGUUGUCACCGAGGCCUCCACCAGCAAUGCAUUCUCCAGCUACGUUGGCCUAUGGGCUUGCCAUGAUAACGAAAUCAUGUGCUCCCCCGACGGCUGGUCCUGGGCCAUGUGCUCCAACGGCAGACCCAUCUACAUGGGUUCCGUCGCCGCUGGCACAAGUUGCCGCUUCGGCCAGAUGGUUGCUGCCGGUGCUCCCUUGUAA